AUGAAUGCAGCACUAAUCCAUGACAAAGUAUUUAUCAAAACUUUUUGGGAGAAGAGAAUUACAAAUCACUCCCAGAUGACAGAGAAUGAGGAAUUAAGGAUGAAGAACAGUGCUCUGACAAAGCUCCGUGAUGAAUGGCUAAUAAGACUUGAGUGUCAAAGAAAAAAUAUCAAGAACUUCAAUAACAGACAUGUCACAAUGUCAACAGAGGUCAAGCAGACUGAUCAGGAAUAAUUUAAGACGAGCUUCCCCAUACACAUAACUUGGGAUUUGGAGAUGGAGAAGAUAAAAUAAUUUAAAAUAAAAGUAAAUGUUAAUAUAUAAAAUGUUAAGUACGUAUUAUUCAUUUAAUAUUUAUGUAUGUCAUUAUGUAUUUAUUUUUAAUUCAUGCAUUCUUUAUCAUAUAGUUUAUUCAUUUAUUUUCUUUUUCUGAUUUCCUUGUGCAAAUGAGGGGCUGUGAAUCAAACUUGUCACAUUGUCAUCUGAUUCCACAGACAGUCCGUACAUGCCUGGCUUUAACACUGGCUGCUUAGAAUAAGGAAUAUACAGUACAGUCUAUAUAAAGGUAUGCACAGUCUGUGCUUUGAAUACACUAGUAUACAAGCAGCUGCACUAUCCAUCUUGACAAUAUAUCUGUGGCUCAUGGCUUUAUUUAAAUAGCCUUCUGAAUAAAUUGACAU